AUGACUCAGACGAAUGGGGACGUGUCGGGAAAGAAUAAGGCUUCAAAAAUGGAACCCCAGCGCUCGUUUUUCCAUAAUUCUCUGCAUCUGUUGAUUUGCGCAUCUGGCAUCCUCAUCUGCUACUUCGCCUUCGGCAUAUAUCAGGAACGCGUAGUAAAAGGCACAUAUGGCUCCAACGAUAAAUUCACGUAUAUUCAAACGCUACUCUUUUUCGUAUGUCUUGCGAGUGCCGCAUUCGCUAAGAUCUUAAUGCCCAAAGGCUCUCGCGAUGAUGUGCCGCGGCAACAAUACGCGUUUUGUGCUGCUUCAUACCUGGGUGCGAUGCUAAGCAGCAAUCAAGCCCUGCUCUACUUGCCAUACCCAACACAAGUCCUGGCAAAAUCGUGCAAGCCGAUUCCCGUGCUUGUAUUCGGCGUUUUAUUUGCCGGCAAGCGGUAUGACUUGAAGAAAUACCUGAUAGUCUUGAUGAUCGUCGUCGGUGUUGCGUUGUUCAUGUACAAAGAUAAGAAAACAGCGACUGUUGAGGGGGGAUUCGGUUGGGGCGAGAUAUUACUGAUAUCUUCUUUGCGCUAUCCGGAUGUACUAUUUGAUUUGCUGAUCGUGUCAGCUGCUAGCUGUGGAGGACAAUACUUCAUAUUCAAGACGGUCCACGAAUUUUCGCCACUUACUUGCUCGAUUCUCACAACCACUAGGAAGCUUUUUACGAUAAUCAUAUCAGUGAUUCUGUUCAGCCAUCCUCUCAGCCAACGUCAGGUACUCGCCACCGGAAUUGUAUUCUUCGGUCUAUUCAUUGAUGCCUGGGAUAGUAAGAAACGGCAUGUAAAA